CAAAGUGAUAACAAGAAAAUCGGGGAAGGGGCAUUUUCGAUAUAUCAGCAUCUCCGCCAUAGACGGCAAAAGUUGGAGCAACGACAAGUACAGUAACAAUGUGCUGCCGCGGCGAUGGCGUUUUGCCGAUCUUUCAUCCAUUUUAAUCCGCGUAUACACACAGCUAAUUUUCUCUUCCCAAACUGCCCUCUGAAAACCCCUAAAUCCGCCGCCUUGUCAUUCUCAGCUCCGCUUUCUUCACCACCGUCAGCAUCCAUGGAUAUCCCACCGGAAGGUUACAGAAGAAACGUGGGAAUUUGUCUCAUUAGCCCCUCUAAAAAGAUUUUUGCUGCUUCGAGACUUGAUAUACCAGAUUCAUGGCAAAUGCCUCAGGGUGGAAUUGACGAAAACGAGGAUCCUAGAAAUGCAGCCGUUAGGGAACUGAGAGAAGAAACUGGAGUUACUUCAGCUGAUAUUAUUGCUGAGGUGCCGUAUUGGUUGACGUAUGACUUCCCACCACAUGUAAGGGAAAAACUCAAUAAGCAAUGGGGUUCAGACUGGAAAGGUCAAGCACAAAAAUGGUUUCUUUUGAAAUUCACCGGAAAGGAAGAAGAAGUCAAUCUUUUAGGAGACGGGACUGAAAAGGCUGAGUUUGGACAAUGGUCGUGGUUGUCACCUCAAGAAGUAGUCGAUCGUGCGGUGGAAUUCAAGAAGCCAGUGUACGAUGAAGUUUUGAAAGUUUUCUCUCCAUAUCUUCAGGAGCGUCGUCAUGCCCUUCUUUAGAUGUUAAUGCUCCUAGCAGUAUUGCCAUCGUUGACGAAAGUUGCACCUCUAAAACCGAUCAAUUCUUGCAAUUAUCUAUUUUUAUAAUCUUGAGCUGAUUAAUCUAUACCAACUUCCAUUUCUUU